AUGGACCUGAGCGAACGCACGAUACGCGACGUUAUACACCCAACAGCAAUUCUUCGUCCUAUCGACCACGACCACGACCAUCCGGUUCGUGUCCAGGCCCAGGACACAACCCAGACUGCCGAGUCUUCGUGGGAGGUUUCGCAGUUGAAUCCAAAGAAUCGAAUCGACAGCCUAGACCCUCCCGGAUCACCACUAUGGAUGAUCGACGGAUGCACUGCCUUGGGCAUGCAGUUCUAUGCAGUCCCUUUAUUCCUUGGGGCGAUUCCACCUAUACGCUGCGAUGUCUGUAUAGACGAGGUCGCUGCAGAGUCGCCCUUGAUCCGCAAGCUGCUCGAUCUGGACACCGUCUUCCACACACGCGACCGCGCCAGAAUUCAACAACAGGGUGUUUGCUCUUACAUCCUCAGGGCGUUGCAAAUAUGGUCCACACGAUACGGGCUCGAUAAUGUCCGUGAUGUCUAUUACAACUCUCCUUUCGGCGCUCGAAUUGUUUUCCGUGACCUCCCUCUCAACGUACGAGACGUCGACAUUCGCGUUAUAGGCAACGACGCGUUCGAGCUUCGCCAUUGCACGGCAUCAGAGCUAGCAGAAAUGUGGAACAUGAAAGUUGAACAGCUGCCUCCGACACUCGAUAUCCUCGACCUGGCAUUCGUUCGGCAGUUACACGACAGUGUGUGCGUUGUUCGAUACAAGAAAGACCAAGAAUGCACCGGCCAUCGUGAGGGCGUUCAAGAGGGGCAAUGGGUGCUCAAGGCUCUAAUGAAUACCGUCAAGUACAUGUAUCAUGAGCUCCGGAAUCUUUUGAGCAUACCAUCACACCCAAGCAUUGUCGCCAGACCGGCAAGGCUAGUAGUCAAGAAGCAUAAGUUGAAUCCGAACAGGGAGAUCGUCGUGGGCUUCUUGUUGCCAUUUUAUCCAGGUGGCGGCCUUCGAGAUGAGCUUCCGUUGCUCCGAAUUAAUCACCAGCUUCAGCUGAGAGACCAGGUUCGCUGGGCCCAAGACAUCUGCUCAGCUAUACUGCACAUCCACUUUCAAGGCAACACAUACUACCCAGACCUCCGUCUCGACCAGAUCAUCUUCCCCGCAGGCGAAAAGCGUCCAAUUCUCCUGGAUUUCGAGCAGAGAGGUGUGUGGGUCGAGUUCGGGCCUCCAGAAAUCAACGCGAUCGAGUACAUACGAAUCCUCGCCCUCGACGAAGAAGAGCGAUCGGAUGACGACCUCGGGUUCGACGGGUCCUGGCCUCCCCGCAAGCGCUUCGUCGAGAUCCUCGACCGCCUCCUUCCCGAAUGGAGGAGAUUGACCAUCGGCACCACGGACUACGACAACCCGCCAGAGGGUUACAACAUCCCCUGGUUAUGCCUCACACGGCGGGAACAAGAGUACGCAGAGGUCUAUAUGCUGGGCCGGCUACUGUGGUGCAUCUUCGAGGGCAUGUCCGCGCCGCAAAAGGCGGCUGUCUGGCAGUCCUACCAGAACGAGCCCGACUUCGAGUUCCCCGAGUUUAGACGCACGCCGCCUGAGCUGCGCAGCCUCAUCAUACAGUGCACAAGGGGCCAUAGGGGUCAGUUGAGCGACCAUAUCAUUCGUAAGAGGAGCAAGGUCGUGCUCAGGGACGACUCUGAGAGGAAAGAUGGCGCUGAAGCCAAGAUACGUGCUACGGCUAGGGACUUCUGGGUGAAGGAGGUGGGCUGGGCGGAAGAGUUUGUGCUGGAGAGGGAGAAAAUGAUAAAGGAGGGCAGGUGGGAGGAGAACGCCUUCGGCCGGCCGAUACUUCAAGAGAUUGCCUCGGCGCUGAGUACGUUCCAGAGAAAGGUGCUAUAG